AUGGAAGCCGUGCACGGCAUACAGUCCCUGGCUUCAGGAGACGGCCAUCAUCACCUUUCCCGGACGCUUGGGCCGGCGCUGCUCAUCUCCGUCGGGUAUAUUGAUCUUGGCAAGUGGGUGGCGACGGUCGACGCCGGGACUCGGUUCGGGUACGACCUCGUGCUGCUGGUGCUCUUUUUCAACUUCUCCUCGGUUCUGUAUCAGUAUAUGUCCACCUGCAUCGGCAUGGUCACCGACAAGAAUCUCGCUCAGGUUUCCGGCCAGGAGUACAGUCGGUUUAUAUGUGGCGGCCUUGGUCUCCAGGCAGGAUUGUCUUUGCUUACUUCAGAACUAACCAUGAUUUCAGGCAUAGCAGUUGGAUUCAACCUUGUAUUUGAUCACGAUGAUCUCAUCACGGGUAUUAUUUUUGCAUGCGUUGUAAUCAAUCUGCUGCCAUUUCUUUUAUCCUCUCGGGACAAGAGGAUGUCUGGAACGUUAAAUGCCUGCAUAGCGGGCUUUACGAUUCUCUGUUUUGUGCUUGGCUUGUUAAUCAGUCAACCAGAGAUACCUCUCCAUGUGAAUGUGAUGUUCCCCAAGUUGAGUGGUGAAAGUGCUUACUCACUGAUGGCACUUAUGGGUGCAAACGUAAUAUCGCACAAUUUUUAUGUUCAUUCAUCAGUUGUUCAGGUAUUUUCCAAUGCCUCUUGCUCAUACAUAGUUUAA